CUUCACCUCAAAAACUCCGCCAAGUCCCGAAUCUUUGUGUUAGGGACCAUUGUUGGUCUUGCCAUAGUAGCUCAGGAUGUAUCCCAUUAUAUGCGCCCGUCUAGCACGUAUUCAGCCCUUCCAUAAGAUGUUACCUGCGCCAAACUCCAGAGCGGAAUAAUGUCUGCAGCAGUCCAUUCCGUCGUAAAUAAAGAGCGAGGAGUUGUCCAGGUCGAAGGGGAUUUUCCCCUAGACGAGGCAAUCAUACGAGCGUUCCCAAAAGACACCAAGAUUUUGUCGGCUAACAGCUACGGCUCCUCCGCUUGGACAGUCAUCGCUCGGUUGAACGUCGCGCUUCCAGAUGGGACGAUCAAGCGAUUCUUCCUUAAGAUUGCGACCGACGACCCGGGCCGCGCAAUGAUGGAAGGAGAGUACAAUGCUAUGACAGCAUUAUAUGAGGGCGCACCGAACUUUGUGCCCAAGCCAUAUGCGUGGGGAAAGUUCCAACGGCAGGAUCCGGAAACCUACUUCUUCCUUUGCGACUUCAUCCACAUGAGCAACGAAUUGCCGGAGCCAGUGCAGUUCUGCUCCAAGCUUGCUGAGCUACAUAGGAGGAGCACAUCGCCGACUGGAAAGUUCGGAUUCCAUAUCCCAACUUGCCAUGGCCGUUUUCAGCAGGCCGUCGGCUGGGACGACAACUGGGAAUCCUUCUUCACCAAGUUAUUACGAGCGGCACUGGAAAUUGACAAGGAAGAGAACAGCACUUGGCCGGAGUUCGACACCAUAGCCGAGCGCGUUCUGACGCAUGUCAUACCGCGGCUGCUUGGAGUCCUGCAGAAAGAAGGCCGUCAGCUCAAACCCUCCCUCAUUCAUGGUGACUUGUGGGAGGGAAAUGUGGGAACAGAUUUUGCGAAUGGGAAUAUCUAUAUCUUCGAUGCUGGUGCGUACUACGCUCACCAUGAGAUGGAGAUCGGGAUGUGGCGGUGCGAAAGGCACAAGAUCAAGUCCAAGGAAUACAAAAGGCAGUAUCUUAGGAACAUGGCGAUCAGUGAGCCGGUGGAGGAGUUAGACGAUCGGAACAGGUUAUACUGCAUCAAAAUGAACGUUAUCCACUCGGCACAUCAUCUGGUACAAUAUCUCCAUCUAUUUGGAUGGUUAACUAACCUGGACUCUCGCAUGGCGUACAAUGACAUGUGCUACCUCGUCGAUAAAUAUGCACCGUAUCCUCCCGGAGAGCAGCCUCCCCGUAGCAAAGUCCAAGGCGAGGUCAGCGGGCGGUGA